AUGCACGAAGUCCCAAAUCCCACGGCUAAUACCACUCCAGUCAUUCCUCCUUUUGGGCAGGCUGCGAAUGAAGUCGCUGUAGCGCAGGUGAACCAAGAUCCACCUCCCCCUCCUCCGGCUACCCUACCGGUCAGAAAUGUGAUACCGGAAUGGGUUGAUGCCUCCAAACUUUCUGAGAGGUUUCAAAAGCAUCAUCCUCCUACUUUUUACAAGUUGAUCCAUGACUCUAUGUUCCUGGUUACUUGGAUACGGGAUCUCGAGAGAAUCUUUGAGGUGCUACCGUGCAGUGAUCUCGAGAAGAUCCGAUGUGCUACUUUUCAAUUCCGGGGUGACGUUGAUGUAUGGUGGCAUUCCUCAAAGGAUCAUUUCUGGGUCAAAUAUCCCAAUGCUACUUGGGCUCAAUUUAAGGCAACUUUUCUUGAGAACUACUUUCCAAGGGAUUUUCAGGAAAAGAAGGAAAUUGAAUUCAUGAACCUCAGUCAGGGAUCCAAGUCGGUCCUUGAUUAUCAACAACUCUGUGAGGAGUAUUUCUAUUUUUCUCCAACUCACUUUAAGACUGAGGAUGUGAAGGCAAGAAGGUUUGAAAGAGGGCUUAGAACCAGCUUGAGUACUUCGGUGGUGUUACACAAGUACUCCACCUAUGCAGAAGUGGUUGAAGCAGCCAAGCUGAUAGAAGACUAG